GACCUGGUCUUUUGCGGGGCUGGGUUCCAAAAGGCCAAAGUUCAUAAAAUCAGGAGCGAAGUAAAGACAACAGGAAUCACAACAGCUGGGAGAGGCAUACUUAAUCGUUCGCCAGGAACAUUGUCUCAGUGAGAAUCAUUGUUUGGAGCAGGGUGAGCCGUUCAUCUUUCUGGCUGCUGGCUGAGAUCGUUUUUAUCAUGACUUCUUCGGAAGCUUCCAACGGAAAGUGGCAUCGGAAAACCAAGACUCGUCAGCAAGAGUCCAAGUCCGAUCAAGCCAAGAGUCAUGAAAAUAUGCAGGAAGACCUGGUUGAGUGGGAAAAAUACAUGAAGAAAGUAAAAGGAAAAGUUUUAGAGCAGGUCCAGGAUCAUCUCAGAGAUAUUCUUGACAAAGCUCUGACUGAGUCUAUCGAGCCUCCUGCCCAUCUUAAAUCUGCACUGAAUGGGAAAACGACAACAAAAGAGUCAUCCAGAUCUCAAAGGAAGGAUGAUGGCAAAGUGUUUUUGGAGCGAGCAUCUCUGUUGGAUGACCUGUUUGAGAUCAGCCACAUUAGGACCAUCUACCACAUGUUUAUUGCUGUGCUCCUCAUCUUCUGUUUGAGCACUUUGGCUGUUGACUACAUUGACCAGGGCAGGUUGGUUUUGGAGUUUGACCUGCUGUUCUACGCCUUUGGGAAACUCGGGACGGUCACCUGGGCUUGGCUUGCCAUGUUCAUUUACACCCUUGUUGUUCCUUACUUCAUCCUGGAGUUUUGGGGCUCUUUGUACCACAAAUUCCCCUCCAAGUUGGGGCUCACUCUGGGUGCAGGGUUGAUCUUUACUACCAUACAGACCUGCGUGCUUGGACUGUUCCCAAUCUACACAGUUGUGCAUCACCAGCUGCCUCCAGCGUCUCGAUUUAUUGUGAUUCUGGAGCAGAUUCGAUUCUUGAUGAAGACCUACUCGUUCAUUAGAGAAACGGCCCCUGUUAUCCUGAAGAAUACACCAAAGGAAGGAGAAAAUCCCAGGUUUCCAACAUUUUCCAGCUACUUGUACUUCCUUUUCUGUCCAACUCUCAUCUACAGGGAAUUUUAUCCUCGAAAUAGACAAAUACGUUGGAAAUAUGUUGCUGUUACUCUUGGCAAGAUUUUUGGAUGCCUAUUUUAUGGGUAUUUCAUCCUGGUGCGGCUUUGUAUACCUGUCUUCAGACCGGAGACCAAUCAGCCUUUUAGCAAAAGAACAAUGGUUCUGGCUGUAUUUCACUCCAUAUUACCAGGAAUAAUGCUCCUCCUGCUGUGUUUCUUUGCCUUUUUGCACUGCUGGCUCAACCUCUUUGGGGAGCUGCUGCGUUUUGCUGACAGGAUGUUCUACAAGGACUGGUGGAACUCUACAUCCUUUGCAAACUAUUAUCGUACGUGGAACGUAGUGGUUCACGACUGGUUGUACUACUACGGAUACAGAGACUUCCUCUGGCUGUCCAACAGGAGAUUCAGAGCAGCAGCCAUGCUGUCCGUGUUCAUUGUCUCUGCAGUGGUCCAUGAAUAUGCUUUGGCCAUGGGCUUUGGCUUCUUCUAUCCUGUCAUGUUCUGUCUCUUUGCAGUUUUUGGAGUGGCUUUCAACUUUACCAUGACCGAUAAGCGACAGAGCCCCGUGUUCAACGUCAUCAUGUGGGCGUGUCUCUUCCUGGGUCAGGGUGUCCAGGUGUGUCUGUACUGCCAGGAGUGGUAUGCCCAGAUACACUGCCCACCAGCAGGGGAUAGUUUGUGGGAGCUGGUGAUGCCUCGAUCCUGGUCCUGCAGGUACCACAAAUGAAGUCAUAUUUCUCCCUAAUCUGGAUUCAACAUGAAUGAACCUGGAAAAAUUUAUAAUGGACUGAAAAGAAGGUAAAGCAAGGAAGAAGAAAACUUGAAACGUGCAAUUUAAAUUUUGUACAGACAGCCUUAAAAACAUUUUGUUACUUAGUCAUUUUAAGAUGUUCUUUUCAAUGAACUGUUUUCUUUGAUCACAAAGAGACAGAACAACAUUACACCAGAAAACUGGUGACCACUUAUCAUUAAAAGUAUGUGUUGCUGUUUUGAAGUGGACCAUGUAAUUAUAUUACUUCAUGUAAUGUUAGACUGGUCACAUAAACAAUAAUUUACAGAAGGGGAUAAGUACUGUAUUUCCGGAUAGUACUAGCUGUCUAAAUGUCGUAUCCCUUUAAACUUUAAUUUUUUAAAUUUACAUGUCUUGACCCUUGUAAGACAAUUUCCCUUUUAAUGGCUUAUUGUUUUUACUGUUUUUAUAUUAAAAACAUUAUUGUUUCUUUGCUCGACUUUCUGUUUUGGCUCUAUACAAAAGUCAUUUCGGCUUUGAAGCAUCUUUAAACUGGCUUUGAACCUGAUGGCGCCUCUGGCCAGCAGAGCGCAUUACAAGUUUAGUUCUGACAUGUUUGACAUUUCCCUGGCAAGGAUUGGUUGAUGGAGCGGCUGUGUAAACCAGCCAACCAACCACAUUCUGCGGUGUCUUAUAAGCAUGCCACAAAGCCUCUGUUUGCCUGCCUGCCUGCAGCAUCAUGCAGGAAGGAGAGGAUUAACUUUGGUACAGUGUUUGCAUUAGUGAUGUAAUGCUCUGUAAACUGAUGGGGCACAAUAAAAGAGUUCAGCGAGGUAGACGCUGGGCAGCUUUUAGGGAAGUGUAGAAGAUUCAGAAGAUUUGUGUUUAUAAUUAUUAACAAAAGUUUGUGAUAACUCUGGUAGUGUGACAUUUUUUAAAUCUCCAAUGAGAUUUUAUCUGACUCUAUAAAAGUUGUUGCACAUUUGGUUUCUGUCAUGGAUGCAGUUGUCAGACAAUGAAUCACUGGCACUAUAAAGGUCACAAAAAGAAAAUUGAAUCUAAACAAAUCCUGCAGCAGAUUCUGAGUUCAUUUUCUUGGGAACGUUUGACCACAUGGGGGCAGAGCAUAUGAGAGAACUUAACAUGUUCAGAUUUAUUUAUUAAGUCUCUUUCAUAGGGACAGACACAAUAACAUAGACAAACCGAAUAGAACGGCAGUCCCAUGCCUGAAUCAUGUUGCCUAUAAUAUAUGCAGCACUUGUCACUUAUAUUGACAGAAGACCUUUGAAACUUUAACUGUACUCUCUCUCUCUUUCUAUCUUUUUAGUAUAUUUACUAAAUCUAAAAUAACUGAGCUUUGGAGCAAUACUUGUAUCCUAUCUUCUAAUUUUGAUGUAUUUUUCUUUAAAAUAAACACCUUCAUCUA